CGCGAUGUCGAGUUCUUGUGUUUCGCCUGUAGCGGUAGUUGGUAUCUAGGUCCUAGAAGGAUUUUGCUUUUGCCGAAGCGGAUUGUUGUCUCAGAGUCGAAGUUGAAAUCGAAGAAGGUGCGACCAAAGAGUUGCGAAUUCGCGCGGCUCUUCUUGAAAAUCGUGAUCUGCCGGACCGAGUUUCUAAUUUUUUUUUUUACAAAACUGUUUGGUUUCGGAUUUAAUAAUAUUAUAAGUGCAUUGUGAAUUUUAUUUAAUGAUAAUUAUGACGGCAUUGUGAUUGUGAUUACAUUUUUUUUUUAUUUAAAGGAUAGAUACUAAUAUUGAAAAAGAUGAUCCUGCAUUCGUUUUCAACGUUUCUUCUCCUUCUAAUCACAGCUUCAUCUUCAGAAGAGCCGAGGCCGUGUAUAGAGAUAUCCAGAGAACUAAGAUUUCCUUGUUCCUGCAUGUUAGGACCUAUAGAACAAGCCUUAGACGGAAACCCAUCGAUCUCAGUCAACUGUGAUAGAAUUGUAUUCUCCAGCGAAGUACCUUCAUUGCCUUAUGGGGCUCCAAUAGUAUCAUUUAGUCAGAGAUGGGCUGGUCAUCAGUCGUUACCGACGCAGGUAUUUUCGUCUACGGAUCUUCCUCUAAGAAGUGUAGACCUGUCUGGAAACUCAUUGCGAAGGCUAACAGAAAGGAUGCUUCAAGGUUUGAAGACCACUCUAGUAGAACUAAGGCUGGCCGAUAAUCUUCUGGGAGAUACUUUGAAUCCGAUUUUUUCCACAACGGAAUUUCGAGGUUUAAUCCAUCUUCAAUUACUCGAUUUGAGCGGAAACAAUAUAAAAUCUAUAGAAGAGGGCAUUUUGGAAGGAUGCGAUAAUUUACAGGAACUCUACCUUGGUAAAAAUAGUUUUAAUAUAGUACCCAGCACGUCUCUAAAUGGUCCGCAAAAAUUAAGGUUUCUAUCAUUAAUCGACAACAGAAUCGAUACUCUCAAAACAGAAGCUUUCAAAUCCCAGAAAUACCUCGAAUUUAUUGAUUUAAGCAAAAAUUUAAUAUCACUUAUAGAAAGCAACGCCUUCUCACCAUUAGAAAAGUUAAAAUCAUUAAAAUUAGCGCACAACAGGCUGUCCAGGUUCAAUAGCGAUGUAUUCCAAGGAGCUGACAAUUUAUUACUGCUUGAUUUAUCUCAAAACUUCAUAGUUGACUUUCCUAGCUUAGCUCUGAAGGCUUUCAGCAAUUUAAGAUAUCUGAAUUUGUCUUCAAACUUGAUCCAGAAUUUGGAUAACAGCCACUUAGCAAACUUGAGAGGCCUUUACCAUUUAGACUUGAGCAGAAACAACUUAGCUAAUAUAGUACCUGGAGCAUUUUUAGGUCUUAAACAACUAAGAAGAUUAGAUAUUGGAGUCAAUUCUUUAAGAACGAUUGAAGAUGAUGCUUUUGAAGGCUUAGACAACCUAGAAUUUCUCAAUCUCAAAGAUAACAAUAUUCUUCUAAUCCCAGCUUCAGCUUUAGGACGUCUACCGAAAUUAACAUCUCUUCAACUAGACUACAACAGAGUAGCAGCUUUAUCCGGUGAUAUAUUAAGAUCUGUAGCCGAUAAAGUCACCAAACUCGUUAUAUCCAAAAAUAUAGUGAGAGAAUUGCCGUCAGCUUCAUUCCAGAACUUCAAUCAGUUACAAAUAUUGGAUCUAUCCAGGAAUCUGUUGAGUUCACUUAAUUCUGAUGCCUUUUCUGGACUAGAAAAUACUUUAAUAAGCUUGGAUCUUUCCCAAAAUAGGAUUACAAAUUUAGCUGGCACGCCUUUGACUUUAUUAAAGUUACAAAGGCUCAACUUAAGCGACAAUCAUCUCACGGACAUAUCGAGAAAUUUCUUAACUCUUCUUCCUUCUUUGCAAUAUCUAAAUAUUAGCAGGAAUAGACAUUUGAAUAACAUUCCUGUUUCCCUUCUUCAUAAGCUUCCUCAAAUAGAAGUAUUAGAUUUGAGCUACGCAGGAGUCAGGUCUUUACCGCCAGAAUUUCUGAUAAAAUCAAAGUCAAUCAGAGAAAUUUAUCUAACCCAUAACAGUAUUUUGGAAAUAGCAGAAGGAGUAUUUAGUAACAUGUCCAAUAUUACCAUAGUUGAUCUAUCUUUUAACAACAUUUCCAAUAUUAAACCAAGCGCUUUUAUCAAUGUAAUGAACAUAAGAAAGCUUGUGCUAAAAGGAAACCAGCUUACUUCAUUCAAAGGAGAGUUCUUUAACACUGGUACAAGCUUAGAAAUUUUGGAUAUCUCUGAUAAUCAAUUGAGCUAUCUCUUCCCAUCGUCGUUUAGAAUACAUCCUAGGUUAAGGGAAAUCACAGCUUGUAAUAAUAAGUUCAAUUUCUUCCCAGCUGAACUCAUAGCUAAUCUACAAUUUUUGGAAUUCAUAAAUCUAUCUAAUAACCAACUAAAAACUAUAGAAGAGCUAGAUUUCGCGAGGUUACCGCGAUUAAGAUCUUUGGUACUUACUCAUAAUCAGCUAGAAUCUAUCAGUGACAUGGCAUUCCAUAAUUCCACACAGCUACAAGUCAUAGAUAUUAGCUAUAAUAAGUUAGAUAGAUUGGGAGAACGAACAUUUGAGGGUUUGGUGCGGCUGGAAUUACUAAAUUUGGAAGGAAAUUUAUUAUCGGACUUGCCAGAAACCAUUUUUGAAAGAGUUAGAUUGCAAAUGUUGGAAAACAUUAACUUAGCCAAGAAUCUUUUUGAAAUAGCUCCACUUAAGUCGCUGCAGAGACAGUACUUCUUUGUCAAUUCUGUAGAUUUAUCGCACAAUAAGCUUAGAGAGAUACCUGCGGAUGAUAGCAUAAUGGUUAACAUCAAAAAAUUAGAUCUAUCUUUUAACCCGUUAUCCGGUAACGCCAUUAGUAAUAUUCUUAGUGAACCGAAGACGGUAAGGGAAAUAAAUUUGGCCGGUACGGGUAUCACUACUGUGCCACGUUUAGAGACGCCAUUUUUGAAACAUUUAAAUCUUUCACAAAACAACAUUUCCAUUUUGAACGUGGACAAUUUCGAAAGGGUAACUUUGCUAGAGGAAUUGGAUUUGUCCAAUAAUAAUAUCCAGGAUAUGACGAAUUUCUCGCAGAUUUGGAGACUUUUGCAUAAUUUGCAGACCUUGAAUAUAUCCGAUAACCCAAUAGGGUCCAUUUCGAAUAGUGAUUUUCUUGGACUCGAAAAAUUAAGGCAUUUAAACUUACACACCCUGAAAGAAUGCAGCCGCAUAGAGAAAAACGUCUUUAAAGCUAUUCCAAACCUAUCAGUAUUAGAAGCCUACGGAUAUCCUAAAUUGGGCUACCUGGAUAUACAAGGCUUACUCCAAAACAUGCCACUGUUAGAAAAAAUUAACAUUGAAACUAAAGAUCCGGCCAUUGGAAAGGAUCAGCUGCAAUCUUUGCUCCAUCCCAGACUUAGAGAAUUAGGAAUUAGAGGUUCUAGACUUAGGAGUAUCUCAUCGGGGACGCUUUCAGGACUCAAAGGAGCCGAAAUAAUUAUCCGUCUAAUAAACACAUCAUUGACUUCCCUUCCACCGGCGCUAUUCUUCCCAGUGCCAAGAUCUACUCGUAUUAUCCUCGACGUUACCGGAAGUCAAUUAACGACAGUCAGCCCACAAUUAUUGGCCACUUUUGAAGACAGACGAGGAGAUCUUAAAAUGAUUGGGCUCGAAAGCAACCCCAUUAUAUGCGAUUGCAGCUCUAGAGCACUAAGAAGAUGGCUGCCAUCGCAUAUGACCACAAUCAGGUGUUUCGGGCCUGAGCAUCUCAUAGACAAACUCCUAGUGGAAAUAGGCGACGAUGAACUUACCUGCGAUCCAAGAAAAAUCACAUCCAUUACCACACCGUCGUCCACUUCGAUCUAUACUAGAGGAAUGAAGCUGCACCCGAAAAUGACUGAACCCGAAAUCAUCUGGUCAAUGCCAACGACAGAAAAAAUAAAACAGAAAAUCGCCCAAGCCGGGCCAUCCCCCAUAACUAACGACGACACCCUCAUAAUAGGAAUAGUAGGCGGUGUUGUCGCUUUCAUAGCCAUGCUGAUUAUAAUUAUAUGUAUUAUAAGACUGAGAAUGACAGGAAACCACUACAGGGGCGGUCCUAUGACCACCACCAAUCCUAUGAUGGGCGUGGUCGGGCCCGGAAGUAGUUGCGCUUGCAGCGUAAAGGGGGCGCCGUCCGUUUACGCAGUUCCGCCGUACGCUGCGGCGUACUCGGCGACUCUCCCGCACAAAUUGGGCAGCGCGCAAGUUCUAAGGCCGUCUAGUUAUUCGACUAUGGGGCGGAUGCCGUACAAUCAAUCGGCCGGUCAGCCGUAUUUCAUAGCGACGUAUCCAUCGGAUGAAAAAAUUUAUCGGUAGCCAUGUAGAUAAUUAAUUGAUGAGAUAGUUAUUUCGGGCGUCUUAUUCUGAAAUUCGGUCAGUGCUUAUAGUCGCAAAAAACUGUCUUGGAAUUAUUUGUACAAGGGUAUGAGCCCUCGCUUGAACAAUGCAGCAACUGAAAAUUUAUGGAGUGGUCCACAAAAAAUAUUUCUACAGUAGGUCUUGGGAAAAUUAAUGUAUCUCAAAGCAUACAAUUAUUCUUCUUUGUGUCAGUUUGAAUUUAAUUUAGACAGUUCUUACAUGACUUGUAUAUUUGUCCUUGUUGGCCAGGACCUACUUUCGAAACUUUUUUUUGUUCAUCAUUCUUUAUUUUAGAGGGAUGGAUAAAUAUUUUUACAAAAAAGUCUGACGGACAGUUUAGUAAUCAUAAUAAUUCUAGUGUACGGAAUAAAAAUAUUUAGUGUCAAUAGUUAAUACUUUUUUUUGCCUAAUUUAGAGUACUUCUGAGCUUGAUUAAUCUCACUUAUUCCUUGUUCUAUGGGGCCCACACAGGGCCUUAUCAGUAUUAUCUUCCUCUUGUAUAUGGUACAAAUGAUCUGUAGAUCUUUCUGUGGUUUUUUUGCAUUUUUCAAUGGACUUGAUCAUUCUUUCCCAGGAUUUGUUAUCCUUUUCCAAUCAUUUAUGAUUAGUUUCUGCAAGUAUCUGUUUACAGUUUCCAUUUAACCCUUCCUUAUUAGCCAUGUUGGUAUUUUUCUUUCCUAUUUCAUUUCCAUAACCAUUUUUGUCAAAAUCCAUGAUUUUGCUGCAUAGAUUAUGACUGGUAUUUCUAUCCUCAUAUGUAGAUAUUUAUUUUUGAGAUUAUUAGAAUGACUUAUACGUUUUUAAACUUUGCAGAGAAAAACAUUUUCUACACUAAUUUAUGACAUAAUUGGUAUGUAUAUAAGCUUGAUUAAUCAAUCGUUUAAAAAAUCGUCCAGACUUCCACAAUUAAACAUUGUACAAAUUUCAUCUAAAUAAUUAUCAAAUGAAGAAGGGCAUCCAACCUCUCAAAUGUGGUCAUCUUCAAUGAGACAAUAAAACUACACAGAUUUAUUUAAUUUAGUGUCCGGUUUUGUCUAAUUAUCCAUCCUCAAACCUUAGGUCCUAUAGUUUACUAGAAAAAUACCUUAAAAUUUUAAACGUAAACCUACAUAUAACUUUAUUCAGAGGUAAAAAUAUCGACUCUUUUAAUUAAAAAAAAUCCGAGUAAAAUCCUGUCACCAGCGGGAUUCAAACCUGAGAUGCUUUGAUCUCAAAGUCAUGACUCUGAGCACUAAAAUAUUUAUUAUUAUUAUUAUUAUUAUUAUUAUUAUUAUUAUUAUUAUU